AUGGUGAAUAUUAUAGAAUUAAUUGAUUGGUUAAAGGAGAUGGGUGCAUGCGGUCAAGUACGAGUGGUAAGUGUUGGUAAAGAGGGUGCAGCUGGUGAACAAUCGUCGGCAAAGGCUGUGGAAUGUUGCUGUGGAACGUAA